AUGACACUGCCUUUUUUCAAGUUGUUACGAAAGGAGGUACAAUAUGGUUGGACUUCAGAAUGUGAAGCAGCAUUUGAGGAAAUUAAAAAGCAGCUGGCAUCACCACCAGUGCUAUCUAGCCCAAGAAAAGGGGAGCCACUGAUAAUGUAUCUCUCUGUGGGAGAUCUCGCUGUUAGCUCGAUCUUGGUUCAAGAAAAUGAGGAGGGGCAGCAGCCAAUCUACUUUGUAAGUCGACUUUUACAGGGAGCAGAGCUCCGCUACCAGAAGUUAGAAAAGGUGGCUUUCGCUCUGCUAACCUCGGCUCGAAGGCUUAGAGCAUAUUUUCAAGGACACCAGAUUGUAGUUCAGUCGGACUUGCCAAUUCGGCAGAUUUUACAUAAACCUGACCUGGCAGGAAGAAUGAUGGCCUGGGCUGUAGAACUGUCAGAAUUCGACAUAUCCUUUGAAAGUCGAAAGGCAAUCAAGUCUCAAGCCUUGGCAGACUUUGUCAGGGAGCUCACUUCAAUCCAAAAGGAGAGCUCAACAAUUCCAGACAACUGGAAAAUUUAUGUGGACGGGUCCUCAAAUUCCAAAGGAAGUGGAGCCGGAAUAAUUAUUGAGAAUCCAGAAGGGAUCUCGGUUGAAUAUUCUUUGCAAAUGAAAUUUGAAACGUCCAACAACCAAGCAGAAUAUGAAGCGUUCAUAGCCGGGCUACAUCAGGCAAAAGAGCUCGGAGCAAGGAAACUGCAAAUCUUUAGUGAUUCGCAGCUGGUCACGUCGCAAAUUGGGGGAUGCUACCAAGCAAAAGGACCGCUGCUGGCAAAGUACCUAGAUUCUGCAAGGCAGUUAAUGGCGGAGUUUGAAAAUGUAGAAGUCCGUCACAUCCCACGAAAUGAAAAUAGCAGAGCCGACAUACUCUCCAAACUGGCAAGUACCAAAGGAUGGGGAAACCACAGGACGGUGGUGGAGCAGGACAUCCCAGAACCCACAUGUGUCAUGCAGAUAUCCGAGAGCAAAGAUUGGCGUAGUACCAUUAUCGGUUACAUAGAAAACGGGACGCUCCCCUCUCAACAGGAAGAAGCUCGGAAGCUAGUUAAGGACGCUGCGUUAUACACUAUGGUUGAAGGGCAGUUAUAUAGGAAGGGAAUCUAUUCUCCCCUAUUGAAAUGCCUAAGCUCGGAUAGGGCAAAAUAUGUCCUAUCUGAAAUCCAUGAGGGGAUAAAUGGCCAACACAUUGGGGGUAAAGCAUUAGCUCGGAAAGCCCUCGGAGCAGGAUACUUUUGGCCAUCUAUGGGUCAGGACGCAAAGGAGCACGUACAGAAGUGCGAUUAG